AUGAUUGAAAGUAAUAGUGGUGACAAUACAAUACAUUUGCAACAACAUAAUCAUGGAAAUGACGGACUACCACCUAUUGGUAGUAGUCCCGUUCCUUCCAUUCAUGAUCCAUCAUUAUUAAGUAAAUUAGGUGUAUAUUAUGGUAUUGGUAUGAAUGUAAAUAAUGUGUUAGGUUCGGGGAUAGUGACUACACCAGGAAUUAUUUGGAACUCGGUAAAAUCUCCAGUGAUUGUAUUGAUUUUAUGGCUCAUUGGUGGACUUGUUAGUAUGGCAGGAUCGUUAACUUACGUUGAACUUGGAGCUAUGCAUAAAAUAAGUGUUUAUCAGAUGAAUUUUGAAAUUAUUAAAAAUAUACAGUAUUAUUUUAGUGCAAUUCGUCCAGGAAUUAUAAGUGCUGUUUUACAAUCUGCUGCGCAGUAUUUUUGGUGUACUAUUACCGGAAGUUAUAAUUUGGAGGAGGAGGACAGAAAUAAAGAUGGAUGGAAGCUAAAAUUUUUUCCAUUUUGGUGUAUAAAAUUAAUUGCAAUUACAUUUUUAUGGAUUAUAACUAUAUAUCAUAUGCUGAGUAACACAUGGGCAAGUUAUAUAAAUCAAACGUUGGCAGUAAUCAAGUUUUUUACAUAUUUGACUAUCGCCAUAGUUGGAAUUUGUAGAUUUUUUUUAGAUCGGGAAAAAAGUCUUAGUAAUUGGCAAGAACCAUUAGAUGGGGAUGCAAAUAUCGCAGCAUAUUCCAGUUCGGUUUUGUUGAUUAUGUUUAGUUAUGAUGGCUGGAAUAAUUUGAAUUAUUCAUUAGAUGAAUUUAAAAAUCCGGGAAAGCAAUUGAUUAAGAGUAAUAGCAUUAGUGUUGGAAUCGUCACUAUAAUGUACCUUCUCGUGAAUGUUGCAUUUAUUUCUGUUAUACCAAAAGGAGACGUGUUGGAUAAUAAAACGACAAAUGAAACUAUAGCAGUAUCAUUCUUUAAUCAUUUGUUUAGAAGCGAUGCAAUUGUUAGAAUGUUCACUUUACUUAUUGUGCUCUCAGUAAUUGGUACUGCUGCGGCUAAUGUAUGGAGUGGAUCGAGAGUUAUUGUUGCAGCAGCAAGAUCAAAGUUUUUUCCGAUAUAUUCGGAUCAAUUAAAAAACUGGCAUGACAAUUAUAAUACACCAAUUAAUGCACUACUAGCACAAUGUAUUUGGUGUUCAUUAAUUAUAUUAUUUGUUGGUAGUAGUUUUACUAUCACGAGUUAUGAAUUAUUUUCAAAAUUUGCAAUGUACAGUUUUUGGAUAUUUUAUUUUGCUACUGGUGUAGGAUUACUGGUACUACGACGUCAAAGUCCUCAAAAAAAACGUCCUUUUAGGAAAGCAGAGAAUGUACCAGAGAAUGAAAUAAUACAGAGAAAGGAAAAUAGGCGUGGAAAGCAAAAGGAUAGAAAUAAAAACUCAAAUGGUAAAAUACCUGAAAGUACAUCGGAAUUUUAUCCUGGAACUUAUUAA